AUCAAGACCCCACAUAAAAAGCAAAGACUAAGCUACCUCUGUUCUAUGCAAUCAUGUUUGUGUUUUAUUUGGUGUUUUUGGUAUAUGUUGCCAUGUCAGUGGGUCAAACUGGCAUUCCUCGGUAUGGGAAAGGCCACUGGGUCAUGGAUGAAAACACACAGUAUUACGAUACAGAUGAAGGCUUUCCUCUGGAACAAAAUGUGUCCAAUGACAACUCUUUAGAAGAGGUUCCUUUCCCAACAGUUGAGGGCCAGAAUUUGCUCACCACUGAAGAGUCUCCUCUUCUGAUGGGACAAGAUUCUACAGAAGUUCAUGACUCAAAAGUGUGGAAAAUUGUCCUGGUGACUGUCAUCCUGUUGAUGUCCGUGGUGGGAUCUCUGGCUACAGCCUACUACCUGUGUGUCUGGAGAGGGGGCAGGAUUCACUACCAGCCCCAGAAGACGUACACAUGAAUAUCAAUAAAUCUAUAAAAUGGCAAUCUU